AUGAGCCCCCAUCUGCCUCUUCGGGAGACAAAUUCGUCACCAUCAUCAGUGGCCAGUCUCGACGCCGCAAGAGACAAAUUCUACAAGGACCUGCACGCCCUCCUGGUGACUGUGUCGAAGGCGGAUAAGUUGAUUGUCCUUGGUAACUUCAACGCCCGCGUCGGCACAGACCAUACUGCCUGAAGAGGAGUUUUGGGUGCCCACGGUCUCGACGGCUACAAUGACAAUGGUUUGCUCUCCCUACGAACGUACGCAGAACGCCGGCUCAUCCAGACCAACACUUUCUCCCGCCUCCCGAUGAGAGAGAAGGCCACCUGGCUGCACCCUAGGCCACGACAUUGGCACCUGCUGGACUAAUUCCUCGUCCGGAGGAGAGACCGGUGGGACGUGCUGGUGGCAAAGGCGAUCCCGCGUACCGACGGGUGAACCGACCAUGUCUCGUAAUCUCAAGAAUGCGGAUUAACCUAUAGCCUCGCAGGAGACCUCAAGGUAAGCGACCCCCAGGUAAGUUGAAUACUGCUUUGCUGUCUUUGCUGCUCACUAUCUCCACUUCGGCAAUGACCUAACUCAACAGUUAGCCGGCCUUCCAGUCAUCGCCGUGGCCGCCGACGAGAACGCCUCCGUGGGGAACCGAUGGUUUCAACUGCGGGACACGCUCCAGUGGACUACCCUGGCCGUCCUCAGUCGCGCACGUGGCCAAAAUCGGGACUGGUUCGAUGACAACGAAGCCGCCAUCAGCAACCUGCUCGUCGAGAAGAACCGCCUGCACAAAGCCUACGUGGACCACCCCACCGACGACAACAGAACAACAUUCUCCCGUAGUCGCCGCCUUAUACAACAGCGGUUGCGCGAGAUGCAGGACGCUUGGACGGCUCGCAAGGCUGAGGAGAUCCAAGGAUACGCAGAUCGCAACGUAUGGAAAAACUUCUUCGUCGCGACCAAGGCUGUCUACGGUCCGCCAAACAAAGCAACUGCUCCUCUUCUCAGCGCUGACGGCAGUAUCCUACUCACCAAGAAGGCACAAAUUCUGCAGCGAUUAAGUGAGCACUCCAGAAGCGUUCUCAACUGUCUCUCCACCAUAUCCGACGCCGCCAUCGCCCGUCUGCCUCAAGUUGGGACCAACGCCGACCUCGGUCUCCCGCCCUCUCUGCACGUAACCAUCAAGGCCCCCCAGCUGCUCUCCACCGAGAAAGCGCCCGGAUCGGACGCGAUUCCUGUCGAGAUUUACAAACACAGUGGCCCCCAAGUCAUGGAUCAUUAGACGGCGAUCUUCCCGGAGAUGUGGCGUUAAGGAGAAGUUCUGCAGGAUUUUAGGACGUCACAAUCGUCCACCUCCACAAACGCAAAGGGGACCGCCAGCUCUGUGGCAGCUAUCGAGGCAUCUCCUUGCCGAACAUCCUCGGGAAGAUCUUUGCUCACAUUCUCCUCAACCGCCUGAACCAACAUCUGGAACAAGGUCUCCUGCUGGAAAGCCAGUGUGGCUUCCGCCGUAAUUGUGGGACCACGGACACGAUCUUUACCGCCCGCCAACUGCAGAAGUGUCAGGAGAUGCGGAUCCGCCUCUACUCUACCUUCGUGGAUCUGAUGAAGGCCUUGGACACGGUGAACCGUGAGGGACUGUGGGAAAUCAUGCAAAAAUUCGGCUGUCCCAAACGAUUAACUCAAAUGGUGUGUCAGCUCCACGAUGGCAUGACGACGCGAGUCGCAGACAAUGGAGCUGUCUCAGGGACAUUCGCAGUAAUUAACGGAGUGAAGCAGGGCUGCGUCCUCGCGCCUACCCUCUUCAAUCUCAUAUUCUUUGUCAUGCAGAUGGACGCCUACCGUGACGAACGUCCUGGGACCCGCAUCACCUACAGGACGGACGAUCAACUCCUCAACCACCGGUGGAUGCUCUUCCAGUCGUAG